AGUGAUGGUCUUCCUGCUUUAGUAACCUUAAAGAAAGGUCUUGUUGCCUUAGCAAGGCAAUGGAUGAAGUUCAUUGUGGUGACCCCAGCCUUUAAAGGAGUCAGUUUGCACAGACCAGCUCAGCCAGUUAAAUUACAGACAAAUGCCUACCAUGAGCAUGAGGAUGGGCUUGGAUUAGACAAUGGAGGGGGUCUUCAGAGUGACACAAGUGCCGAUGGAGCCGAGUUUGAAUUUGAUGCAGCUACUGUCAGUGAGCAUACAAUGCUCUUAGAAGGAACAGCUCAUCGUCCUCCACCUGCUGGUGGCUCUUCUGGGCCUGUAACUGGCGCCGAGAUCAUGAGGAAAUUAUCCAAGACACACACUCACAGUGAUUCUGUUCUGAAAAUAAAGGGUAUACAUCCGUAUCAUUCCUUAAGUUAUACUAGUGGAGAUACAGCUACAGAUUCACCAGUGCACGUUGGCCGUUCGGGAAUGGCAGUCAAAGAAAGUCCAAGAAAAGAGAGUCUGCUCAGCUAUCUUACUGGGAGUUUUCCUAGCCUGCAUAAUCUUUUGGAAGGGACUCCUCAAAGAAGUACAACUGCAGUUAAAAGUAGUUCUUUAACAAGAACAGGAAAUACUAUGGCCACAGACAUGUUAUCUGAACAUCCUUUGCUGUCUGAACCAUCUUCUGUGAGUUUCUAUAACUGGAUGUCAAAUGCUGUGGGCAACAGGGGAAGUGUGGUACAAGAAAGUCCGGCCACCAAAUCUGGACACAACAGUCUUCCAACAGGUGUGGCACCCAAUCUCCCUACCAUACCCUCUGCUUCAGACUUCAACACAGUUUUGUCUAGUGACCAGAACACCCUGGAUGGCACACACUCCCAGCACAGCACCAGUCAGGAUGACAUUGCAGGUGUAGAGGAGGGUAACCAGGGUUUUCCUGCUGUCCAGCUAGCAGAUGCACAGGUUGUUUUCAAGCCUCUUCUGAGUUACACGGGAAUUCAGUCACAAGAUGCAAUGCCACUCUGCUACAGGAUGUAUUUUGGAGAGUACCUUUCAUUCUCAGGAACUUUGGACUGCCUAAGAGCAGAUAUUGUUGAUUCAGAUACAGCAAAGGAAAGAAAAAGCAAGCGAGCUCGGAGGCAAGGAGCUGUCAAUCUUCCUCCUCUUGAAUUCAAACCAGCUUUGAUGUUAGAAACUUUCAGUAUUAGUGCUGUUGUAAUGGAGAAAUCCAUGUGCACACCUCAUAACUCUGCCAAUGCCCUUUCUUUUCAUGACUUGAAUAAACGCUAUUAUAAUACUUUCCACUGUAAUUUUACAAUUUCUUGCCAGUCCAUAAGCCAGCAUGUAGACAUGGCACUGGUUCGUCUUAUUCACCAGUUCAGCACAAUGAUUGAUGAUAUCAAAGCCACGCAGACGGACAUCAAACUUAGCAGAUAUACAGCUGGAUCGGCCUCUCCAACACCUACUUUUAAAACCCGCAAACACAGAGACUUCCGCUCUUCUGAUUUCAGCCGAAGCUCUCGAGGAAGUCUUAACGGAGGUAACAGGGUGAACAACACCAAGAACAAGCGAACAAACAAUGAGAACAAUAAAAAAGAAUCUCGAAACAAGAAUUCCUUGGGGAGGUCAGAAAGAAGAACUUCUAAAGUGUCCAGGAAAGGUUCAAAGGACGUAGUUGACCACAUGACUAUUCAUAUGGAUGACUCGGACUCUAUUACUGUGUCAGAACAGAGCGAACCUUCUGCUGAGUGCUGGCAAAACAUGUAUAAACUGUUGAACUUCUAUUCACUCAUUUCUGACCCAACCGGGAUUUUAGAAAAGUCUUCUGAAACUUUCGGGCCAACAGGUGUUCGAAGCCCAACUGAACCUGCUUGUAGAGUGGUGUUUGAGAAUGAGCAGGAUAAUGGCAGAGACACCCAGAGGAAGCGCAGCCUGGUGACUUCGGAGCCACAGCACGUGACUCUCGUAGUCUUUGGAAUAGGCAUGGUGAACCGAACCCACCUGGAGGCAGACAUUGGUGGUCUGACAAUGGAAUCUGAACUGAAGAGAAUUCAUGGCAGUUUCACCCUGAAAGAAAAAAUGAAAG